AUGCUGGCACGAGCGACUCUGCGCGCUGCGGGCGCCGCGAAGACGGGUGUCACUGGGCUUGCGAAGCGCAAUGCCUCCACAUCAAGCUCUUCCGAGGCCGCGGCGGCAUGGAAGAACAACGCCCUCCUCGCAUCAUCUACCGCCUUCGCCAUCGGCUCAGUCGCUUGGUACUACUACCAGUUUGGCAGGCAGCCGUACGCCAUGACGCCACAAGAAGAAGGCCUUCACGCCACGCGAUACCCCUGGGAGCACGAGAAGCUCUACAAAACCUUCGACCAUGCCGCCCUCCGCCGCGGCUUCCAGGUCUACCGCGAAGUCUGCUCCUCCUGCCACUCCCUCAGCCGUAUCCCCUACCGCUCCCUCGUCGGCACCAUGAUGACCGUCAACGAAGCCAAGACGCUUGCGGAGGAGAACGAAUACGACACCGAGCCCAACGACGAAGGCGAGAUUGAGAAGCGUCCCGGCAAGCUCUCCGACUACAUCCCGUCUCCGUACAAGAACGACGAAGCGGCGCGUGCAGCCAACAAUGGUGCACUGCCGCCCGAUCUCAGCUUGAUGGUCAAGGCGCGCCACGGUGGCUGCAACUACAUCUUCUCGCUGUUGACGGGCUAUCCGGAGGAGCCGCCGGCGGGUGCGGUUGUGCAGAGUGGGUUGAACUUUAAUCCGUACUUCCCCGGUACCGGUAUCGCUAUGGCGCGUGUGCUAUACGAUGGUCUGGUUGAAUAUGAGGACGGUACUACCGCCACCACGUCGCAGAUGGCGAAGGAUGUGGUGGAGUUCUUGAACUGGUCCGCUGAGCCGGAGAUGGACCAGCGGAAGCGUAUGGGCUGGAAGGUCAUGGCGAUUGGCGGUGUGCUGUUUGCCUUGAGUGUGUGGGUCAAGAGGCACCGGUGGGCCAACAUUAAAUCCCGCAGAAUGCUUUAUCAGGAUCCAAGCAUCGGGUCAACCCCAGCCGCCAAGCAGCCAGGCUCGACCUUCCGGAGAUGA